CCUUUCCCUCUUUCGCUUCAAAUCGGGGAUUUGGGGUUUCUCAAAAUAUAAACCCUAGAAAACUGAAAACCAGAAUUGAAAGAAUCACUCAGUGUAGUGGAAGAACUUCUGCUAAACCCUUAACAGUAUCAGCUGCUUAACAUUGAAUUUGAGGUUGAGAAGAAGACUAGAAGCUCUCAAGAACCAUAUGCCGUCGACAACAAAACUGCGCCCUGCGUCUGUCAACAAUGGCAGAAGGACAAAUGAAUUUGUGACCGAUGAAUCAUUCGUCAACAGCGGAAGUGCCAAAGAAGUUGUGACUGAUGCAGUGGAUGAGAGACUCGAUGGCCAGAGGGCAAAAGAAAUUGUGACUGAUGCGGUGGAUGAAAAACUCAACGCUGUUGCUCUGUCUAAGCAGAGGUCCGUAACUACAAAACCAUGUUCUGCAUUUAGGGAAAACGAAAUUGUGACUGAUCCAGUGGAUGAAAGACUCGGCUCUGUUGCUGACAUGCUUGAUGCUGGGCGCUGUAAUAGAGAUGAAGAUGCUGGCAUACUUGAUGCGGAUGGAGACAGCGACGUGCUAAUUGUGGAAGACCAAACAUUACCCACCGACUCUAAUGAAGGUGCUGGCACACUUGAUGUGGAUGGAAACAGUGACUAUAAAAAUGUGGAAGAGCAAUCGUUACCCAUCAACUCCGACAAAGUUGCAGCUUCAUCGAGGAAAAGGCAACACAAUGAAGUCCAAAGAAAAGUAACUGACCCUCACAGUGGGUCUAACAAUACAAACUUCAAUAGCCAAGGCAGCACUUCUAAGCCAUCAAGUACCCGUAUCCCAAUUAUAUUCGACAAAUAUGGACGGCCUUGUGAUUUUGAGUCAGAAGAGUUUGCAAUGGAUAUUGGAAGGAUGGUACGUGCACAUUGUCGUCCUGCGUUUAAGUCUUGGAAAAAGGUUCCAUUCAGCGUGAAAGACGAUAUAUGGAAAGAUGUUGUUGCUAGGUAUAUCUUAUCUGGAAUUCAUAAGCCUAAUGUUUUUUCAAAAGCUAACAAAGCUUGGAGAACAUGGAGCAUCAGCUGCGAGUAGAGUUGGAUAAAUAUGAGUCGCUUACUGCGAGAAAAAUAAAUAUCCCGUACCAUUUAAUUACAAACAGAGAAGAUUGGGAGAAUUUUGUUGAUUUCUCCAGUACUAACAAGGAUUUGAAUCGUCGCAAAACUGGUAAAAAAGAAGCUAGAGAAUCUCUUGAAUUUUUACACUCUUGUGGCAGGAAGGGAAUAUAUCGCAAAAUAUACGAAUUGAUAUUAAAACGGUAAGCUUAGUCGUUUCCUUUGUCAUACCAUUGGAAUAUUAAAGAGCUUGUAGAAGCUAAUUCAGACGGUCAAAAAGAUGUCGACAACGAUGCUGUUGCAUUGGCAUGUGGACGUGAUGCGAGAGGUGUUGUCAGAGGCAUGGGAAGAUUACACACAAAAAAUCGUACGUCUAGACGACCCAAAAAAUCUGCGUCAAACAUGCAAAAUCGUACUUCUACGCCAUCAAAUCAAUCUGCGUCUCAGGCACCUGGCGCGUCCAACUUACCUGCUCGUCCAUGUUUGGCACCCGAUGGGUCCAACUCGCCUGCUAGUUCACGUUCGGCAUCUUCUCCGACCAGCUAUAAAUUAUGCUGUCUCAUGCAUUAAGUGCGUUAGUUUUUCUUUAGGAAAAAACCAAAUGGUAACACGGUGAGAAAUUCAUUUUGCGUAAGAAUUAGAUUCCUGACUUAGACUUUAAUCAAUGCCAACAUAGAUGUUAGCUUAAUCACAAAAUUAUACUAGUACAACUGUUGCCACUGUGGGAGGGCCGACCGAAGAAGAAUCCAAAGAUGGGGUUUUUCGACUAUUUUCGCCAUGUUUACGAAAAAGUGAUACUUUCACUCCGUUUCGAAAAAAUUGAUACUUUCACCCUGUUUCAGAAAAAAUGAUAUUUUCGUUAUAUUUCGAGAAAAGUGAUACUUUCGCACCGUUUCAAAAAAAGUGAUACUUUUUCCAGAACCGAGCCAGAAUAUCACUUUUUCUGAAACGAGGUGAAAGUAUCACUUUUCUAGAAACGUAACGAAAGUAUUACUUUUCCCCAAACAGAGCGAAAUAUUACUUUUCCCGAAACGGAGUGAAAGUAUCACUUUUAUUAGUAUGGUUGCAUGAUGUGUUAUGUGUUUUUUGUGGUGGUUUGCAUAAUAGCUAUGCAUUCAAUUUUCAAGAAUUGUGCCUAAAAUAAAAGUAUCGUUUUUCUUGAAGCGAAGGGAUUACAUCGUUUUAUUAGUU